AUGGCUCUCUACUGCGGCGACAACUUCGGCGUGUACUCGCAGCCCGGCCUGCCCCCACCCGCCGCUGCCGCCCCGGGCGCCCCCCCGGCCGCCAGGGCGCCCUACGGGCUGGCCGACUACGCCGCGCCGCCGGCCGCCGCUGCCAACCCCUACUUGUGGCUCAACGGGCCGGGCGUGGGCGCUCCGCCGGCCGCCGCCGCCGCGUACCUGGGCGCCCCGCCGCCGCCGCCGCCCCCCAGGGGCGCGGCGGGGCCCUUCCUGCAGGCGCCGACCGCCGCCGGCACCUUCGCCUGCGCGCAGCGGUCCCUCGCCCAGCCCGCGCCCGCCGCGCCCGCCUCGCCCGCGGGGCCCGCCGCGCCCGGCGGGCUGGGCUGGCUGUCCAUGGCCAGCCGCGAGGACCUGAUGAAGAUGGUGCGGCCGCCCUACUCGUACUCGGCGCUCAUCGCCAUGGCCAUUCAGAGCGCGCCCGAGCGCAAGCUCACGCUCAGCCACAUCUACCAAUUCGUGGCGGACAGCUUCCCCUUCUACCAGCGCAGCAAGGCGGGCUGGCAGAACUCCAUCCGCCACAACCUGUCGCUCAAUGACUGCUUCAAGAAGGUGCCCCGCGACGAGGACGACCCAGGGAAAGGAAAUUACUGGACCCUGGAUCCAAACUGUGAGAAAAUGUUUGACAACGGGAACUUCCGUCGGAAGCGAAAGCGCCGCUCUGAGGCCAGCAGCAGCUCCACCGUGGCUUCAGGGACAUCAAAAUCAGAAGAAGGUCUCUCCUCAGGAUUGGGGUCUGGAGUGGGUGGGAAGCCAGAAGGAGACGGCCCCUCUGCUUUGCUAAGGCCUUCCCAGUCCCCAGAGCCUCCUGAGGGCGCCAAGAGUACUGUCUCCUCUCCAGGAGGAUCCAUGCUCAACUCUACCCCUUGCCUCAACACCUUCUUCAGCAGCCUCAGCACCUUAAGUGUCAGCAGCGGUGGGAGCACCCAGCGAGCUCUCUCUGGAGGCCACCACCUCCCUGGGAUCCAGGGGGCCCAGCUACCCUCCAGCAGCACAUUUUCCCCGAGCUCCGUCUCCGAAGCCUCACCAGACACCUUGCAGCUGAGUAACAGCACCAGCAAUGGCAGCAGCCAAAGAUCUUCCUAUUAUAGCCCUUUCCCUGCCAGCACCAGUGGGGGCCAAAGCACCCCAUUCAGCCCCCCUUUCUACAACUUCAGCAUGGUCAACAGCCUCAUCUACCCCCGGGAGGGCUCUGAGGUAUAG